AUGCAUCACCACCACCAGCAUUCCGCGCGAUAUUCCCGUAUCUACCCUCGUCGACCGGAUGCCGUGCCGCGAGAUCGCAUCCCACUUCUAGAGGUGCCCGAGGUGCCCGAGGUACCCGCCAGUGGUCCGACCCUUGUACCAAGAGCACCUGUUCCCGUUCCUGUCCCAUCUUCAGGGUCUUCUGAAUCAAGUACCUCGGGUGAAAAGCCUACGAGUACGACGACUACUACAACAUUACCCGUCGUCUUGGGAGCUGUUGUCCCUAUCGUGUGUGCCAUCGUCAUCUUGGUCUACUUGCACCGGAGAAAUGUGAGGAGACUCCGGAAUGAAGAUGCUAAUGACAAACACAAGUCACUCGACUUCGGUAUGGACAUCGUCGAUCCACCGUACAAGGGAAUGCCAAUGCAAGAAGCGGAGAAGGGUGCCCGGGUUAACCACACCAAGGGACUAUCACUGGACGUCGGACAUCCUUAUCUGAUGCCGCCCGGAUUGCACGGCUCUCAAGACUCGUUCAAUAUUGGAGGAGAGGACGACAGGUACCGUCACGCAGUUUCCAUUCUGGCACCAGACAGCGCAUCGACCCGCUCGCAUCCCCGUGGCCCUCCUUCGAUGCUCAGCAAUGCUGCCCCAUCGACCAAUGGCCGCGACAAUGCCCAAAAAUCGAUGCUCAAUGACCCGUCCCAGGCUGGCUUGCACUUCGACUUCCCGCCGUCCAAGAGUCCCAGCCCGGGACCCUUUGACGAUCACAAACGGCACUCUGCGGCGAGCAGUAGUGACGGUACUGCAGCAGAUAUCAGGAAGAGCAACUCCCACCUGGCAUCAGCGAUCCACCGGAACAGUCUGCCCUCGGAUCCGUUCAAACAUCCGGACGAGGCAGAGAUUUCUGACGAUGAUUCUUUGCACCACCAUGAUGUUCCCGUUCAAGAACCUGCACCCGUCCACCUUGAACAAUCGCCUGCCGUCCCAACCCCGCGCAUUUCCCUGCCGGUAAGUGAUGCGGGUAGCGAUUAUAGCAAUCACAGGAAGACCGCCGCGUCAAUCCCAGCUGUGAACAUCUCUGGAGCCGAGGAUACCCAGGAACCAAGUCAUGAUGCAAGCCCCCUCAAUCCGCCUCCCAUUCCAGAAGAACCACAGUCAAAGAAUUCUGGCCUGGACCCCCGCCGUGACACUCGGCGCAUGACGUUCGGGCUGCGCCCCCUGCCUCCGGAGGACCCGACAGACAAUCCAGAACAGCGUGCCAACCGAAUCCGAUCUUUCUACAAGGAAUAUUUUGAAGAUAGCAAGACCGGGAGAGAGACCACAUAUUAUGAAGAUUUCGGGCCUGAAUUCUAUGGUUAUCCUGAUGACAUGGCCCAUGAUCCCUCUUAUGACGACUACUAUGGCCCCCCACCCGCACCAUUUGCUGAACCGGUGACUCGUCGUGCUAUGACACCGCCGCCCCGUGCCCCUCCGCCCUUCCAGCCAGGUGGACGACAUAUGCCUUCGGGCUCCGUCAGUGGCUUCAGCGGCUUCAGUAGUGGCUUCGGAGACCCGGGCCCACGAGCGAUGUCGUCGGCUUCUAACCGCAUGCCUAUGCCUGGUCCUCCCCGAGCACCUCGCAGGCCCGCACCACCUCCGGCGCCACUCAAUAUUCUCCCCACACCUCAUAUGCUGAAGGAUGACGCGAUCAUGGGUGCCAUCGACUUUGCACCAGGCAAUACAUUCAAGGACCAGAGAGAGGGUCGUGCCGAAACCCCGCUAGGCGGAAGACGACCCUUUAGUCCCAUGACCCGAGCGGCCACGCCGUUAGCCUCUGCAUUUGAUGAGCUUUCGGUCAUGCCUAGCCCACAUGCAUUGCGUAAAUCUGGCGCCUACUCAAACCUGGACUUUGCACCUCCGCCGCGAUUCAAGACUGCGGAAACUGCCAGCGAUGCAGGUAGCAUCCGCAGUAACGGAACCGGCCUGUCCAAUGCACAAUUGCACAAUAUCCGGACUGGUGCAUACCGGGUCAGUCGUCUGCCUACGAGUACAGUGGGAACCAAAGACGAUAUGUUCAGCGAACUUCGCCCAAAAUGGGAAAUGCGAACGUGA